CGGUAACGCUGCCUCGGGUGCCGGCUACGGAGCGAUGGCAGCGGCCCCAAGGAGGCUCCCUGCCCUGGCCCUGCUUGGGAGCUGCCCGUAGCUACCGCCGGGCCCGGUGGGACGGGCCGCGCCGCGAUGAGGCUGCUCCUGCUGGCCUGUCUCCGAGCCCAGACGGGGAACGCUACCACCGCGGGCAGGAUACAGGAUCAUCUAGAAGCUGUGGGUCACAUAUGCAGUCUUAAGGAUGCUUUUGGCUACGAGAACCCAUCUGAAAUAGCAAAUCUAAUCUCUGCAGAGAAGUUUGAAGCAGCUCUGGCUAUUCAUCUUUAUAAAGGAGGCAGACUUCUGCAAGGUAGUAGAAUUCCUUUUGGAAUCAUCUUCGGUGGCACGGAUAUAAAUGAAGACGUCAAACAUGAAGAAAAACACCGGGUGAUGGGGGCAGUGUUAGAAGAAGCCAGGUUUGCAGUGGCUUUCACAGAGAAAAUGAAGGAACUGGCAGCAGCAGAGUGGCCAGAUGCUAGAAGCAAAAUAUACAUCCAGACUCAAGGAAUUAUGACCACACCCAGUGCAACUUUUAACUGGAAGAGAUUUCUACAAAAUGCAGGGAUCCCUCAAGACACAGAAAAUUUACGCCUGUUUCUUUUGAUAUGUGGACUUAGAAGAGUCAAGGACCCUCUUUAUUUAGUGGAUGUAUUUUCAGAGUGGCACAGAAGAGAGCCCCAUAUCCACCUUGUUAUAAUUGGACCUGCAGUUGAUACACAGUUUACAAGUGAAGUCAAUGAAAAAGUUAAUAGGACACCCGGGGUACAUUUGUUACAGGAGAUACCUCAAGAUGAUCUUCACGCUGCUGUGAAAAGAUGCUUUGCAGUGGUGAACAGCUCUAUUUCAGAGGGGAUGUCUGCUGCAAUCCUGGAGGCAAUGGAUUUAGAUGUUCCAGUGUUGGCGAGGAAUAUUCCUGGGAACGCAGCAAUAAUACAACACAAAGAUACAGGACUAUUAUUUACAGAUCCCCAGGAGUUUGUCCAGCUCUCCAAAAGUCUGAUGAAUGACCCCACUUUGGAAAGAGAAAUUGUGACAAAGGCAAAAGCGUAUGUGAAGAAACACCAUUCAUGGGACGGUGAAAGAGAGGCCUAUCAAAGUCUUGUCCUGAGACUCCAGUGAAUCAUUGGGUAUCAAAUGUGGAAACUGAUCUUAUUCUGUAUCACUUUAAUGGUGACACUGUAAUCAGAUUAUUUUAAAGAAAAAAAAAUUCACAUAUUACGGACAUAUUGUUCCACUCGACUUUGCCCAAUUUACAAACAUACUGCAUCAGACCGGUGGUCCAUCCAAUUCACCAUCCUGUUUCCAGUGGUGGGCGGCACCAGUGAAAUCAAGAAAAUGUCGAUUUCUUAAUAUUGUUGGAUCAUAUGGGCCUCAAAAGAUGGCUAUUUCUUGUGCACGGGGUGGAUUUCAUCCACAGUGAACUCAUGCAAACUCAGUUACUGUGUUGUAGCCUGACAAAGCUAAUGGGGAUUAAGGCAUUUACACUCAAAUUUAAUUAAUCUGAAUUUAUUCAGAUAUGUCAAUGAUAAACAUAAUGUUGUAAGAGUGGGUUCAUCUCUAUUUUGAAUGAUCAAACAUAUAAAUACAUUAAGCAGGUUAGCCAGGCCUACAUGAUCUAAAUUUUAAAGGGAGAAGAUCAUAAAUUAAUCACAUGACUAGCACUUUUAUCAAGACUGUAACUGGCUGGAGCUAAUGAGAAAUACAGACAUUGAUGGUUUCUAGCAUGAAAAAUUGUACUCACUGUUUGCUGUUUACGUAUUCUACUUUAUUUAUGAAUUAUUGGAAGACAGCAACUACCUCUUAAAAAUUACCAAACUUCAGGGACCUCACAAAUGGUGAAUGUUCUUACAAAAGAUGGAUGGAGGCUAUAAUAAGGAGCAACGAUGUAAUUUGGUACUUUUGUCAUGAGUGACUCUCAGGAGUUAUUAUUGUGAACUUAAUGUAACAGGAUAUUGUAUUUUAAGAAGAGCUACUAAUGCCCACAUGAAGCCUAAACCAAUCAUUAUUGACUGCUCAGUGGUUAAAGUAAUAUCUUGGUUUUCCACAAUCUGGUGUCAAAGAAGGCUGCUAUUUCUAAAACACGCAAAGUGUUUACAAUUUUUAAACAUCUGUUGUUGGGAAACUAUAGUUGCUAUAUAUGGGCCUGAUCCAACCUCCACUGAAGCCAGUGGGAAUCUUUCCAUUGAUUUUAAUAGGCUUUGCAUCACCCCCUAUUUGUGUUAAUGAAUUUACUGUGCAUGUUGGUUUUCCAAUUGACCUCUUGGUUGUGUUGCAAAUGUUUAGUCAGCAACCCUGAAGAAAAAGAGUAAUUUUAGUAUCCUUCAUUCACUUCUGAGACCUUUUCUAAUUUUCUAUGGUAAUAUAUUUGGAGUGGUUUGACUCAGUUGGUACUGUCCUCAAUAGCAUGGGACAUUGCAAACCAUGGGAGACAAAACUGGAGUGACUUCAAGGGUUAUAACUGCGAUGCUGUUUCUAUAGAUGUUCUCUUGCUCUUAUGGUUUUUGGUAAAAAAACAGCCUGGCUCAAAGGGGAAGGAAAAUCAUCUGUUAUGAUAGAAAUGGAAAAAAAGGAGAAGUUGAUAGCAAUGCAUAUAAAUUAGAAGCUAGAAAGUAUAGAAAAUUAAUAAGGGAAGCAAAAGGACACAAGGAGAAAUCUGUGGGCAGUACAGUCAAAUAAAAUAAGUUUUUUAAAUUUUAUAACAAACAAAAGGAAUCUUAACAGUCUUAGAUAUUGGUUCAUUACUAUAUGGAUAUGGUAGACCAGUAAAUAAUACAGAAAAAGCCAAAGUGUUCAAUCCAUAUUUCUGUUCUGUAUUUGAGGAACAAGAGAUGAUGUAUUUAUAUCAUAUGAUGAUAGAUUUUUCCAAUCACAGUAACUAAGGAUGAUGUUAAACAGUCGCUAUCUAAAGUUAGACAUGUUUUAAUCAGCAGGUCCAGAUAACUUGCGCCUAUGAGUUUUAAAAGAGCUGGCUAAGGAGCUCUGUGGACCAGUAGUAUAGAUUUUCAAUAAGCCUUUGAACACUGGGGAAUCUCCAGAGGACUGAAAGAAAGCUAAUGUUGUGCCAAUAUUUUUAAAAGGCAAGUGGGAUGACCCAGCUAACUGUAGGCCUGUCAGCCUGACAUUGAUCUAAGGCAAAAUAAUGGAACAGCUUCUAUGGGGCUCAAUUAAUAAAGAAUUAAAGGAGGGUAAUAUAAUGAAUGGCAAUCAAUAUGGGUUUAUGGAAAAUAAGUCUUGUCAAACUAACUUCAUAUCACUUUUUGAUGAGUUUGGUUAAUAAAAGUAAUAGUGUUGAUGUAAUAUUCCUCUGUAAGGUAUCACACAUCAUCUGGAUUAAUAAAGUAGAAUGAUGCAAAAUCAACAUGGCAUACAUUCA